GCACGGCACAGGACUGUCAGAGAGCAGGCCUCCUAGAUAAAAUUCUGCUUCCGAACACGGACUGUAUAUCUGAGCUGUUUUCUUCAUAAGCGAGACAGAAGAACUUCAUGUUGGUGGUGUUUAUGCCAGAAAAUAGUAAGCAAGAAAAAUUAACUCUAGCCUCGUGUAAACUUUUAAUUGGCCAACAUGAUGCAACUGCGUGUGAAUUCCAGGUGGCUUUGGAAAUGAAGGAGAACUGAGCUCUCUGGCUGGAAGCUGAACGUGAUGACGGCCUGGUCUAUGGUAGGGAAGCUGAAAAUGGAGAAGAGGCACUCCAGAGAAGACAGAAAUGUGGAACAAGAUGCUGGGGAAUGCAGUGCUGAGUCUGAGGAAUGGACGAGCUCAGAAAGUGAACCUGAGCAACCGUACUUCAGAAACACCUGUAGCAAUAUUCAGUGGAGAGAAAAGGAGGUUUCCACUAAACCACAUCGGCCGCUCUGUCGGUCCCCGUGUUUGGAUCGCCCCAGUUUUUCACAGAGCAGUAUCACACAAGACUUGAAGCUAGACGAAUGCAAACCAAAUUUGGACAAGGAAUACCAAGCUAAAAUGGAUUUUGCUUUAAAGCUUGGCUAUGCAGGGGAUCAGAUCCAGGCUGUACUGAAUAAAUUGGGAGCAGAUGCGCUCAUCAAUGAUGUUCUGGCAGAGCUUGUGAGACUUGGCAACAAAAGUGAAUCGGAGGGACAAAGCAGUGCCAGCAGUACCACCAGUACUCUGGUGCCAAGAGGGCCUUGCCCAAAGGAAAUAGCAAGCCCUGAAUUGUCACUUGAAGAUGAAGUUGUGGAUAACAGUGAUAACUUGAGGCCAAUUGUCAUUGAUGGAAGCAAUGUGGCUAUGAGCCAUGGGAAUAAAGAAGGAUUUUCCUGCCGGGGAAUUCAGCUGGCUGUUGAUUGGUUUCUGGAAAAAGGACAUAAAGAUAUCACUGUGUUUGUACCUGCAUGGAGGAAAGAACAGUCUCGACCUGAUGCGCCAAUUACAGAUCAAGAAAUCUUACGUAAAUUGGAGAAGGAAAAAAUUCUUGUUUUCACCCCAUCUCGAAGAGUUCAGGGAAGAAGAGUAGUUUGCUACGAUGAUCGAUUCAUAGUAAAACUCGCUUUUGACUCAGAUGGCAUCAUUGUAUCCAACGACAACUAUCGGGAUCUUCAAAAUGAAAAACCAGAAUGGAAGAAGUUCAUAGAGGAGCGGCUGCUCAUGUAUUCUUUUGUGAAUGACAAAUUUAUGCCUCCUGAUGACCCUUUAGGACGCCAUGGUCCAAGCCUUGAAAAUUUCUUAAGGAAAAGGCCAGUUAUUCCUGAACAUAAGAAGCAACCGUGUCCUUAUGGUAAAAAGUGCACCUAUGGGCACAAAUGUAAAUAUUACCACCCAGAACGGGCAAACCAGCCUCAAAGGUCAGUAGCGGAUGAGCUUCGAAUAAGUGCCAAAUUAUCUGCUGUGAAAACUAUGAGUGAGGGAGCCUUGGCCAAAUGCGGCACAGGGCCCUCCAGCUCCAAAGGAGAGAUCAGUUCUGAAGUGAAACGCAUUGCCCCAAAACGUCAGUCAGAUCCAAGCAUUAGAUCAGUAGCUGUGGAGCCUGAGGAAAAGUUAUCGGUGGCCCGGAAGGCCGAGGCCAGCUCUGUCCCGUCUCUGGUUUCUGCAUUAAGUGUUCCAACGCUCCCUCCACCAAAAAGCCAUGCAGCUGGUGCAUUAAAUACUCGUUCUGCAAGCAGUCCGGUGCCAGGUUCCUCACAGUUCAUGCAUCAGAAAUCCUCACUGGAACAUAUGUCCAGUGUGCAAUAUCCUCCUAUACUAGUCACCAAUAGCCAUGGCACCUCGGUCAGCUACGCUGACCAGUACCCCAAAUACGACUCGCUGGGGGACCAUGGCUAUUACUCCUUACUCAGUGAUUUCUCCAACUUGAGCAUAAGUAGUAUCCGUAACACAGAUUAUUACGGGGCCGAUAUGGACCAGGGCAUGUAUUCUAGAAACUCAAGCCCCUGUCCUGACAGUUGCUUAAGCCAUACGAGUAAUGAUUCUUAUUCCUCUUACAAUGACUUGUAUCUGGGUGUAGCAGAUGCCAGUCCAGAAGACAAUGUGAAGAUCCACAGACUGCCAUCGCAAAAUCGCGUUCAGCCUUUUCCCCAUGGUUACCAUGAAGCCUUAAAUAGAGUCCAGAGUUACGGACCCGAGGAGCCUAAGCAAUCCCUUCGCAAACAGUCAGUUUCCCACUUAGGCCUCCAUGCCCAGCAUCCGGUUGUUGGAGCGCGGUCCAGUUGUCCAGGAGAAUACCCUGUGCCUCAAAACGUUCACCCAUCGACUGCACAACCAAGCCGUGCCUUGGUCAUGACGAGGAUGGACAGUAUUUCUGACUCAAGGCUUUAUGAGAGUAACCCAACGAGGCAGAGGAGGCCCCCUCUGUGUCGGGAGCAGCACGCCAGCUGGGACCCCUUGCCCUGCGCCUCCGACUCCUACGCCUAUCACUCCUACCCCCUCAGCAACAACCUCAUGCAGCCGUGCUACGAACCCGUCAUGGUGAGGAGCAUGCCCGAAAAGAUGGAGCAACUCUGGAGGAAUCCCUGGAUCGGGAUCUGUGGGGAGCCCCGGGAACCACACAUCAUCCCAGAACACCAGUAUCAAACCUACAAGAACCUCUGCAAUAUUUUCCCUCCCAGCAUUGUCCUUUCUGUGAUGGAAAAGAACCCCCACAUGACAGAUGCACAACAGCUGGCAGCUAUGAUUGUUGCCAAAUUAAGAACAGGGCGUUAAAGCAUUACAGCCUCUUUUGGAUAAAUGAAACUCUACGGCGCGAAGAACCCAGAGGAAAACUUACAUGAAGAAGGAAGGGGCCAAUCUAUUGUAAAUAUUUUCUACUGAGAUAGUAUAAAAUUCUGUAUACAGUAGCAAUCACAUAUAUAUAUAUAUAUGCUGAGGCACAAUAUAAGAGUUGAUUGUAUUGUAAAUUUUAAGAUUUUAAAUAUAGGGAUUUUUAAUAGUAUUUUAUAGGAAAUGCAUACCUUGCUGCAUGGAUAGCUCAUUAAGAACUACGAUGUCACGUUCAGUGUCUCAAAGCUGUUACUACAAAAUUAUUGUUAGCAAUUAUAUUGCAUGUAUUAGUGUACACAUUCAAUUUGCUUAUAAAUACCUAAUUGGCCUUUAAAAGUACGCUCUACACACACCCGGAUGACUUUUAGGGUUUCAGCUUUGUCAUUUGACACUGCUUCCUGGCAUAUUAAAUAGCGAAGAAAAAGUAAACGACAAAAAUUAAGAGUCAAUUUGUAAAAGGAAAAAAAAAAAAAAACAAAACCAAAACUAUUUCAGCUUUUGGACGUCAAUAUUGUUGUUGGUACUUAAAAUUCCAAAACGGUUCCCCAAGAGUUUGAGCAUUUAUUACAUUGGCCAAUACGUGGGCUCAAUCCACCAGAAGCCGAAUAUUGUAUUAAAUUAGGACCAAACCAUUAAGGAGCGUGAAGGCGUCAGCGCCGUUGGGUUGACAAGAAGUUGAACUGUAGCUUCUCUCUUCAGAACCGCCUGAACGAGGAGCCAAACUGAAAAGAAAUGGUCGGUUUAAUCUAAAUGGGAUUAUUCAGCCCAAAGUGGUAGAAACUGGAUGUUACAGUUCAUCAGUAACUACAGCCCUUCCUGCGGGGGCCGGGAUGGCGUCGGAGCCCGGCCCCGCACCUGGGAUCAGCUGGAGAAAGGGGGCUGAGGGCAAGGGAGGGAGGUGCUUCUGGAGCAGAGAUGCUACAGUUGGGGUUUGGGAUGAAGCUGCCCCGGUUUUUUGCUCUUCAGCUCCACGCAAAGGUGUGCAUUUGCCUCCUGAAGGCUUUUAGAGUUCCUGUUUCGACAGGGGAGAUAAUUUUGUGUGGCAUUGUUUUGCGCAACCGGUAUCUUGCUCAGGGUGGGAACCUUUGUAGCUAAAUGUCUCCAAAAAGAGGCGUUUAUUGUUUUUUAAGCUGCACUGACUGGACGCCCUUUUUUGAAUCCAUUGUAUAUUUCAACAUUUCGAACCAUUACUAACUCGAUACGUCUCGAGCUAGGACUUGUUGACUUCUACUGUAGUUUUUUUCAUGAAAGUUGAGAAGGCCUGGUUUAUGGCCUUUUUGUUUCUUCAUGAGAAGGUGUGACACUGCCUAAAUGUUUCUUACUGUGAAACACACGGAACGUGAGGCUGCAGUCAGGGUUGUUUCUGGUGUUUUGAUAAGGGCUUGCAUGCUGCUUCCUACUUAUCUGUUUGUCUGGGAACAAAAGCUCUCUUAAUUUCUUCCACUUGUGUUACCGUAACGGUUGCUUUGAUUCAAAAUAACCUUGUGGGCUCUUUAUCACGUGCAAAAUCUGUUCCUGUCAUAUAAAAAAAAACCAAACCCAAACCCCAAACAACCAGCAAUUACAGGUGCAACGACGGUUAAUUUACUCGUAUUUGAUGACCGUAGCAUUUGGCACAGGAGAAAUCUUCCUGUGUUGGUAGAGGUAACAUCUAUAAUGACAUUAUAUAUGUCAUUACAGAUGUCGUUAUAUAUGAGAGAUAUAUUUGUCAUUAUAGAUAUGACAUUAUAUAAUGUCACUAUGUACUUCAAAUGAAUUAACUGGAAGGUGAUUCUGUAUUUACACUUGGGUGUUUAAAAAUACCUUCAAGUUUGAAGGAGUUCGUUAACAUCUCUGUUAACAGGGAAAAAAAUAAAUCUUCAGAUGUUUAUAGUAGUUGGAGAAAACAGAUUUAACUCUUGACCACUUUUUCGAAAACAUUUCUUCCCGACCAGCAUUUUAUAUUUUUAAUUUGCGAUUAAUUCUUAUUCUCUUCUCUUGCAUGGUAUAAGCAGCUGAGAGCAAUGCCUCAAAUAACCAGAAAUGACCUUUUGUUUGUUGAUACAAAUUGUAUCUCUUUUUCUUGAUUGUAUAAAAACUGUGUAUAAAAAUAAUAAUAAUAAUAAUAUAAAUCUCUAGAUUAACUUCAGUAUUAACAUUUUCACCACAACGUUUGUGACACCGUGUGUCACAGGGAAGUAGCCCAUGAGUAAUUAUGGAUCUUUUUUUAUUUAAAAUGGGCACUUGUAGUUUAUAGACAAACAAAGGACAACUUUUCAGAACCAGUUUAUUACGUGCACAGGUACUGUGUGUACACCUCGAAGCAUUACAUAGUUCUCUUGAGUCUAUUUAUUAAGCAGAUACAUUCUUGCACUAAACUUUAUGUAAAAAAAAAAAAAGUUGCUGUUGACUCAUCUGCAUGUGUUUAAAAUGUGACAGUAGAAUUGCUAUAGACCCUGCUUUAUUCUUAACGGAUUAAUUUAUGAAUUAUUUAGGUAUAAAAUGAAGUUUCUUGUGCACUCAACGUUUUUCCAUCUUGCAUGGAAUUAAAUAUUUGUAUGUAGAAAAAUGUUUGUUCCCUUUUUCUCCAAUUAUAAAGCUAAGCUAUUUAAAGAGAGGUUUGGUAGGUGUUUUUAGUGUUUCCCAACAUGGAAAACUAAGCAGAAAUUUCUGGGUGAAGCGUUGGGUGGUUUAUGGAGAUAACUCAUUUUUGUAGGGUUUGUCUAGUCGUUUUGAUUUUCACUAACUUUUGUCUUACUGAUAGAAUAACUCACUUGGAAGCCAGGGGAAUGCUACACUAUCCAAACCCUGCACACUAUUUCCUUAAGGCACUGGGAAGGCGGAUGGGCUUUUUCUAGGAAGGUGUUGGCAGCGGCGCCUUGGGGAAAUAAUUUGCAAAUUUUGUGCUUCUUUAGUCCUCCUUAGAGGUAACGAGGCUUUUGUAUCUGAUGUAGUUGUUCCUAAGUGAUAAUUCAGUCCAUUUUCAGGUACGUUUACAAACCAGUUCAAACCACUGACCCAUCCGUUCACCUUCAGCGCAUAAGUUUAGAUUUCUUCUGACCUGGAAGAGUUGAUCUUAUUAUCCAUUGCCUGCUCGUAACUGUCCAUAUUGUAAAUAGGAGACUUUGUAUAAAUGCUCUUUUUGAGAGCAUGGUAUUUAAAUGUUUUUAAAGCUGUAACGGAACAGUUCUAGAAACUAUAUUUUAAUAAUAAUCCAUGAAAUUACAAUUCUAGAUGAGGGGGGAAAAAAAAGAAAAAUAAGUGGGAAGGUAAAAUCCUGGCCCCUUGGACUCUGCAAGGGUCGAGCCGAGUGCUCUCCUGGGGCCAGAGCGUUCUCUGGGAGCUCUGAUUUCCCAAUCUCUCAUCUUUAGCUAUAAUCCUUUCACAUAUUCAUCACUUCCAAGUGUAUAACCUUCAAUUCAUGAAUCAAAAACGCUUUACGAGACAUCUAAGUUAUUUAAUGUUGGGUUGUUGUGUUGUUUUGUUUUGUUUUUUUAAAGAAUUCCAUGUCAUUAAUAUAUUAAAUUGUACAUAGAGAUGAUUUCACUACUGUUAGUCCUGUUGUCGUCGUAUUGAGCUGCAGUAGUUGGCUUUAUUCAUUUGUAGAAUGAAACAUUACUGUUUAAUCGUUGUAAAAUUUUAUAAAUCUCUUUGGGUUUUUUUGGUUGACCCAAAUAUAAUGUAAGUCUUAAUGACAAAAACGAGUGAAAAUGGCUGUUAAACCAGUACGUGGUAUUUGUCAAUCUCUGUAGUAAGACGCGUGCGCUGCUCUAGUCGCUGCUGCAUGAAAUUCAUCCACUCCCACCACUCUCUUCAGCUGCUGUAAAAAAAACUGCUUUAACUGGAAACUUAAAACCCAGGGGGUGUGGAUGGGGUGGCUCAGAACAAGCAGAAGGAUCCUCAUUAAAAAAAAAAAACAAACCCAAGUCCUCUAUCUUGGCCAGUUUCCCUCCAUUCUUUUAAAGCCGUUUUGCCUCAAAUCGUGAAUUCUUCAUUUUGAAAUUCUCAAUGAUAAAGUGAGAACAGACAGAGAAUGUGUCCAAAGAGUUAACACCCAGCGACAGGCAUUUAUACCCAUGGGGUGUGACCAAACCCCACAGGAACAGGUACCAGGGACACCAUUUGAUCACAGUCACUUCUACCAGGAACCUGCCUCAUUUCUCUGCGACUUCGCUCCAGGUGGUUGAAUUAUUAAUUAAUUUAUUUUUUUGACUUGCCAAAAGUUUACCUGAAGGGCUUGGUACUGCAGGACCCGGCGCAGUCAGAUCACUGGAUCUGUCACUGUCACUUCUCUGGCCAGUGUCCGGCUUUAACGCUCCUCUUCCCUCCCCAGGGCCUGGCUGGGGGGGUGGGGGGGGACACACGGCCCUUCUUAUUAACUCUGAGUUCUUGCAAUAUUUCAACUGGAAAAAUACUCUUCACUUACCCUCCUGCUGCUGUUUGGUUGGUUUUCCAAGAGCCAUUGUACAAUAUCUAUGGGUUUGGUCCGUGGUAUUUAGUAUUUAAAGUUUGUAAAUGUAUUAAUGGAGAGAAGAAUCUAAAAGGAAUAGAGGCUAUUACCUGUCUGUCCCUGCCCCCCACCCUGCUCUGUGUGAAAGGUUUGCACAAUUAUUUAAUAAUAUGAAACAUGUUAUACUUUAUAUAUAUAUAUUAAAAAAAAUGCUUAUUUAAUAAAACUGAGAGCCAUUGGA